CUUUUAAGGAUGCCACAAAAAAAGCAAUACCUGCAGGAGUCCCUUGAUAAGGCCAUUGGUGCAGUAAAUUCAAACAAAUUAAGUAUUUCUAAAGCAGCUACAGAAUAUGGGGUACCAAGGACAACCAUAUCAGACCAUGUCAAUGGAAAGUAUGACAACCAUUUGAAUGGACCUUCAAAGAUGCUGACAGAUGAAGAAGAGACAUCUUUAAUAAACUACGUCAAGUAUAUGGCAGAGAGAGGUUUUCCUUUGACAAGAAGAAUGUUAAAAGCAUUCGUAAUUUCUAUCAUUGAGAAAUCAGGUAGAUCAACUUUAUUCAAUAUGGAAAAAGGUCCUAGUAACAAAUGGGUAAACAAACUUCUAAACAGACACCCUGAAUUGUCGGAAAAACUACCAGAACAGCAGGACAAAGCCAGGAGACGAAUGUCUAAUGUCACUGUAGUUGACCAAUAUUUCAAGUUGCUAGUGGACACAGUCGACUCUUUAGGAUUAACAAAUAAACCCAACCAGAUAUUUAACUGUGACGAGUCUGGCUUCAGUGGUAAAGAAAAAAGUAAGGAAAAAGUUUUUACACUAAAAGGGUCACACAGCUACCAACAGAAAGUAUUAGUCCAUGGUCACAUUACAGUUCACAUGUGCAUAGCAGCGGAUGGACAUUUCCUCCCUUCAUUUCUGAUUUUUGAUGGUUGCCUGCCUCAUAGGAGCUUUAAGGAUGGUGUUCCAGAUAACUGGUUAUAUGGAUCCUCUGAAUCCGAGUUCAUGGAUACCGAGUUGUUUGAAAACUGGUUCGACAAAGUUUUCAUACCAUUCUGUGGAACAAGACGACCAGUACUGCUGAUUUUUGAUAACCACGAUUCCCAUAUCAGUAUUGACCUGAUAGAGAAGGCCAAAGCUAACAACAUUCACAUUAUUGGUUUACCACCUCACACUACUCAUCUGCUGCAGCCACUGGAUGUUGCCAUCCUUGGACCUCUUAAAGAAAAAGUGAACCAAUUAUCAGUUACCUUGGGAAACCUGAACAAGUGUGCCACCAUAGGCAAAGCCAAGUUUCCUGCUUUAUUAAGCACUGCAAUUGACCAGACUACAACAAUAGCAAGGGUCAAAGAGUCUUUCAGGAAAUCUGGAAUGUUUCCUGUAGACAGAUCCAUAAUUCCAAAUUCACAACUUGCGCCCGCCGACUUCAACAAAUCUAAAAAGACAAAUAAAAAAACUACAGAUGUAGAUACAACAACAAUCACCAGUAAUGAUCUCCAGGAAUCAACAAUUCUUUGUCACUGUUGUGGCAACACUAUCUCCUAUGUUAAAGAAAUAGAGAUGAGCAUACAUGUACCAACUGAAAAUCCGCUUGUAACAAAAAACUUAAUUCCAAGAAGUUUAGCAGAUGUACUGUUACCUCCAGCAAAUCCAUCUGUAGCAAAAAAAACUUCUAGUAAAAUCAUAACAGAAGCCAGGGUAAUAACAGGGGAUGAAAUGCUUCAAAAACUACAGUCAAAGCGUGAUGAGGCAGUAAAGUUGGCAGAAGAAAAACAGAAAGUGCUAGAAAAAAGGAAGAAGCUGAAGUUUUAAAGGAAGCAAAGAAAGAAAGAAAAGAGACAGAGAAAUAAGAGACACCGAAGAGGAAAGAGAGAGGAAGAGACAGAAGAAGGACGAAAAAAGAAAUAUGCAGCAAUGUAACCAACAAAUCACUAAUGAAUUCCACCAGUAUGCUACAUGUACUAAAUCAUCUGUAGACAUGGUAGAAAAUAGAAGAAGUUCCAGAGUAAAGACCCCUUUAAUAAGGGAAGAAUUUUUACAAUUUGAUAGCGAUAUGGAGAUUAUAGAGACAAUGGAAGAAUAAGGAAUAUAUAAUUAAAAUCUCUCCAGACUAUAAUUUGAAGAACUGUGAAAUUUAUUUUAAUUUUUUUUUGGAUCGAAAUUGCAUUAUAUUGAUAUAGAUCUAAUACUGUUCAUAACUUAUUGCUGCAAUAUUGAUUUUAAUUCGAUAAUACAAUUAUCUUCUGUAAAAGACUUAUUAUAAUUACCUGUAUAUUGUAAGCUGCAGAAAGUUAAAAGUUUUCUGGGUAUUAAGGCAUAUAAGGUUUAAGAUUUAGAUUUCCUUUUUUGCACGUCUUCAUAUUGUUUCUGAAAGAAAUAAUUAGGAAGUGGUAGAGACAAAAAGUUUUGACCAAUAAUCUGGGUUCACAAAAUCAUUUAAUGAAAGAUAAUAAUUUGCAAAAUUAUUCUGUUAUUCAACUCAUUGGUAAUUCAUUUAUAUUCUAAUCCAAAAAAAAAAUGAAGUAUAUGUGGUUUUUGAAAGAUCCGAAAGCAAAUGUAAUGACAAAUAACAAGUUUUGAUAUGCAUGCAUAACGUAUACAAUAUUAUCUUACACUAUAUGUACCAAUAUUUAAGUAAAAGAUCAGCAAAUGAUUUUUGAAGAUGUUAUGAAUCAUAAUUAAAUUGAUAUUUUCAAUAAUCUUAAACUUUAAUAAAAGCUUUUUAUAAACAUUUUAAUCAUCUGAAAAGAUAUGGACAGUUGUCAGGCUAUAUAGUAUUCACAUCGAAAAAUGUCUGAAUGAUAUAUACAUAAUAUUUUGUUCAUUUAAGGUAGUACCUUAAAUACCGGGGAUAACUCUGUAAAAUCAGUUAAUCAUUUUAAUCAUGUUAUACUGUUCAGGAAAUUUUAAGCUUUUCAAUGAUCGAACUAGUGUUUGUCAAACUGAAAUAUAUUCAACCAUUUCUUCCCAGAAAUCAAUUGGUUCAAGUUUUUUGAAAUUUUUGUAUUCUUUUCAAAGGGUCAAAGUAAAUAUUUUGUAAAAAUUUUGUGAAAAUUGAACGAGCCAAGUUAAUUUUAGUCAGGUGUUGGGUAGCAGCUUAAUGAAUAAUUGUACAUGAUAUAGCAGACAUGUGUA